AUGACUGGACGUGGAAAAGGUGGUAAAGGUUUGGGAAAAGGUGGCGCUAAACGUCAUCGUAAAGUUUUGCGUGAUAACAUCCAAGGUAUUACUAAGCCUGCUAUCAGAAGAUUAGCUCGUCGCGGAGGAGUAAAACGUAUUUCUGGUUUAAUCUACGAGGAAACGAGAGGUGUAUUAAAAGUAUUUUUGGAGAACGUCAUUAGAGAUGCAGUUACCUAUACUGAGCACGCCAAAAGGAAAACUGUAACUGCUAUGGAUGUUGUAUAUGCACUUAAACGCCAAGGUCGUACGUUAUAUGGUUUUGGUGGUUAA